GUGCCUUCACACUCAACAGCCCCCUUUCCAAAGCCUCCACUUUAUCUCUUUUAACGCACACACUAUACUCUCAUCGUUUCCAGUCUACACACACACAGACGCUAUGGAGAUGAUUAUUUAAAGAGAAAGUCGAAGAUCAAAAGAAGCAGAAAACAACUUUUACAAGGAGAAAAAGAAAAGAAAUUAAGAAGAAAAAGUCGAAACUCAGUUGGUAUUGUGUACAGAAGAAACUUAGGGUGAUCGUUUUGGUUACAUCAAGUGCGUGCAAGCGACGAUAAUAUCGCAAGUUCAUUUCGUUUAUAAGGUGAAGAAAUUGAAGAAGAAGAAAGUCUAUAAUUAUGCCUCAGCUGAAACAGAUAAGAGAAGGAGAGCAAAAACAUGUGAUUUCUAAAAGAAUUACAAGGGUUGGUAAUUUAGUGAAUAAUGAUAAUAAUAAUGACAAGAAAUGUGGUGUUGAAGAUAAUAUGAAUGUUAUAGAUAGUAAGAUUAGUGCUGGAAAAAAGAUAAAAGGAAGAAGAAGAGGGAAAGGAAAGUUGAUGGAAACAUCAUCAUCUUCACCAUCGAUGUUGUUACAACAACAAGAUUCAAGGUUUCAGAUUUCUUCAUCUUCUUCUGUUGGUGAGAUAAUGUUUCAUAAAAGGCCCGGGUUCGGUCAACUAGGUACCAAGUGUGUGGUCAAAGCUAACCAUUUUUUAGCUGAUUUGGCUGAUAUGGAGUUAACCCAAUAUAGUGUUAAGAUCAUUCCGGAAGUGAAUUCUACUAAAUUGAACAAGGCUGUUAUGAGUGAAUUGGUGAAAGUUCAUAGAAAUACUGAUUUGGCAAUGAAGCUGCCUGUUUACGAUGGAAGAAGAGCGCUUUACACGGCUGGGAGUCUUCCCUUUAUAUCGAAACAAUUUGCAGUUACAAUAGUUGAUGACUUGGAUUGGAUUGGCAUUACAAAGGUAAGGGAAUUCAGAGUGACAAUUGAGUUUGUUACUCAUGCUAGUAUGUGCCAACUACACAAGUUUCUUUCUGGAAAACAAUAUGACACUCCCCUUGAGGCACUAAAGGUAGUUGAUCUAGUUUUGAAGGAGCUUACAGCUCAAAGGUACAUUUCUGUAGGGAGAUUUUUUUAUUCUCCCAACCUUACCAAUCCAAAGUCAAUAGGAUGUGGAUUACAAUCAUGGAGAGGCUUCUACCAGAGUAUAAAACCAACUCAAAUGGGAUUAUCACUAAACAUCGACACAUUGGCAACAACAUUUAUAGAACCACUUCCCGUCAUUGAAUUUGUUGCUGAAAUUUUGGGGAAACAUGUGUAUACCAAGCAAAUUUCUGAUGCAGAUCGUAUUAAGAUAAAGAAAGCUUUAAGAGGUGUCAAAGUUGAAGUUACACAUAGAGGGGAUGUGCGAAGGAAAUAUCGUAUCUCAGGGGUGACAUCACAACCGACAAGAGAGCUAAUGUUUCCGGUGGAUGAGGAAAGUAACAUGAAAUCUGUUGUUGACUAUUUUAGGGAGGUAUAUGGAUUUACCAUACAACAUCCCCACCUUCCUUGCCUUCAAGUAGGGAAUCAGAAAAAAGUAAAUUACAUGCCCAUGGAGGCUUGCAAGAUUGUGGAGGGACAACGACGCACAAAAGGGCUAAACAAUAAGCAGAUAACUUCAUUACUAAAGUUUUCAUGCCAGAGGCCCAAGGAACAAGAGAAGGAGAUACUACAGACAAUGCAUCAAAAUUGCUACACAGAAGAUCCAUAUGCAAAGGAGUUUGGCAUCACAAUUGAUGACAAACUUACAUCAAUAGAUGCUCGAGUUCUUCCUGCCCCAUGGUUAAAGUACCACGAUAACGGAAAGCAGAAAGAAGUUUUACCUCAACUUGGACAAUGGAAUAUGAAAGAUAAGAAAGUGAUUAAUGGAAGCAUUGUUAACUAUUGGGCGUGUAUUAACUUCUCAAGAACUAUCCCUGAUAGUACAGCUCAAAGCUUCUGUCAUCAGUUGGUCCAAAUGUGCCAAGAAUCUGGCAUGGAGUUCAAAAAUGACAGUGUGGUUCCAGUCUACUCAGCAAGGCCAGAUCAGGUAAAGAAGGCUCUAAAACAUGUCUAUACAACAACUUUGAAUAAACUCGGAGGAAAAGAGUUGGAACUACUUAUUGCCAUCCUCCCUGACAACAAUGGUAGUUUGUAUGGAGAUGUGAAACGUAUAUGUGAAACGGAUCUUGGCUUGAUUACACAAUGCUGUCUCACAAAGUAUGUGCUAAAGAUCAGUAAGCAGUAUCUUUCAAACGUAUCUCUCAAAAUCAACGUCAAGAUGGGAGGAAGGAAUACUGUGCUAUUAGACGCCUUGAGAUGGAAGGUCCCUUUAGUCAGUGAUAUUCCGACUAUUAUAUUUGGAGCUGAUGUAACGCAUCCCGAGUCCGGGGAAGAUAGUAACCCAUCAAUAGCUGCGGUUGUUGCGUCCCAAGACUGGCCGGAAGUUACAAAGUAUGCAGGACUAGUUAGUGCUCAACCUCACAGACAAGAACUUAUUCAGGACUUGUACAAAACUUGGCAAGAUCCACAACAUGGUAAAGUAAACGGAGGCAUGAUCAGAGAGCUCUUGCUAUCUUUCGAAAAGGCGACAGGGAAGAAACCGCUAAGGAUCAUUUUCUACAGGGAUGGUGUAAGUGAUGGGCAGUUCUACCAGGUCCUACUCUAUGAGCUUGAUGCAAUUCGUAAGGCUUGUGCUUCCCUUGAACCUAAUUACCAGCCUCCAGUGACGUUUAUUGUUGUCCAAAAACGUCAUCACACACGGUUCUUUCCAAACAAUCAUAAUGAUCGAAAAAGCAUUGAUAAGAGUGGCAACAUCUUACCAGGUACUGUGGUGGAUACAAAAAUUUGUCAUCCUGUCGAGUUCGACUUCUUUCUUUGCAGUCAUGCAGGAAUCCAAGGAACUAGCAGGCCUGCUCAUUAUCAUGUUCUCUGGGAUGAGAACAAUUUUACAGCCGAUGAAAUCCAAUCUUUAACGAAUAAUCUAUGCUACACCUAUGCCAGGUGCACUCGAUCGGUUUCUGUAGUCCCACCUGCAUAUUAUGCUCAUUUGGCUGCAUACCGAGCUCGUUUCUAUAUGGAACCUGAAGUUAACCAUGAUAAUGCAUCUGCACGCAGCAUGUGCAAGGUGAAAGGUGCGAGUGUUCGUCCACUUCCUGCAUUGAAAGAUAAUGUAAAAAAAGUGAUGUUUUAUUGUUAGACAGGCCAAAAAACCAGAUUGCCUUAGAAGUACUUUGAAAAUGUUAGGGUAGGAGUAGAUGUAUAUAUUGUGUUAAGUUUGUACAGAGGUAAAACAUGCAUCCAACACUUUUCUAGUGCAAAUAGGCUUUUGUUUCUCAAAA